AGGGCCGGCCUGCGUGCGUUCGUGCGUGAUGACGUAGCGAGCGGCAGAGGCGGGGCCAGCUGUUGGCGCUGUCAAGCCGAGCGCGCGGGGGGCCGCGGAGAACACCGAAGAGGCGCUGGCAGGAACCUGUCUGUUGCUGCAGGACAAAAAUGUUUCACUUAAGGACUUGUGCUAGUAAACUAAGGCCAUUGACUGCCUCACAGACUGUUAAGACAAUUUCUCAAAACAAACCAGCAGCAGCACCAAGGACGUUUCAACAGAUCAGGUGCUACAGUGCACCUGUUGCUGCUGAGCCAUUUUUGAGUGGGACUAGUUCAAAUUAUGUGGAGGAAAUGUACUAUGCUUGGUUGGAAAAUCCAAAAAGUGUACAUAAGUCAUGGGACAUAUUCUUUCGCAAUGCCAAUGCUGGAGCUGCUCCAGGUACUGCUUACCAAAGCCCCCCUCCGUUAAAUACCAGCCUAUCAACCCUGGCACACGCACAGUCACUGGUUCAAGCACAGCCAAAUGUAGAUAAGCUGGUGGAAGACCAUCUUGCAGUUCAAUCACUUAUCAGGGCAUACCAGAUCCGAGGGCAUCAUGUAGCCCAGCUCGACCCCUUGGGCAUCUUGGAUGCUGAUCUGGACUCUUCCAUUCCAGCUGAUAUUAUCAGUUCCGCAGACAAACUGGAUCUUGCUGUGUUCAAGGAGCGGCUGAGAGUGCUAACAGUAGGAGGGUUUUAUGGCCUAGAUGAAUCCGACCUCGACAAAGUCUUUCACUUGCCAACUACGACUUUCAUUGGAGGAAACGAGUCCGCUCUUCCUCUUCGAGAAAUCAUCCGCCGUUUGGAGAUGGCUUACUGUCAGCACAUAGGAGUAGAAUUCAUGUUUAUUAAUGAUCUUGAGCAAUGUCAGUGGAUAAGGCAGAAAUUUGAAACUCCUGGUGUCAUGCAAUUCUCCAGUGAGGAGAAGCGCACCCUGCUGGCCAGACUAGUGCGUUCAACCAGGUUUGAGGAGUUCCUGCACAGAAAGUGGUCUUCUGAGAAACGGUUUGGUUUGGAAGGCUGUGAGGUUCUGAUCCCUGCGCUAAAGACAAUAAUUGACAAAUCGAGUGAGAAAGGAGUGGAUUAUGUUAUCAUGGGAAUGCCUCACAGAGGGCGUCUGAAUGUCCUUGCCAAUGUUAUCAGAAAGGAGUUGGAGCAAAUUUUCUGCCAGUUUGAUUCUAAACUAGAAGCUGCAGAUGAAGGCUCAGGGGAUGUAAAGUACCACUUAGGAAUGUAUCACCGAAGGAUUAACCGUGUCACUGACAGAACCAUCACUCUUUCACUGGUUGCAAAUCCUUCUCAUUUGGAAGCUGCUGAUCCUGUUGUUCAGGGCAAAACAAAGGCAGAACAAUUUUACUGUGGGGACACUGAAGGGAAGAAAGUGAUGUCAAUCCUUUUGCAUGGAGAUGCUGCUUUUGCUGGUCAGGGAAUCGUUUACGAGACUUUCCAUUUGAGUGACCUGCCUUCCUAUACAACAUAUGGGACAGUUCACGUGGUGGUGAACAAUCAGAUUGGAUUCACGACCGAUCCUCGUAUGGCCCGUUCUUCCCCAUACCCAACAGAUGUGGCUCGUGUGGUUAACGCACCCAUUUUCCAUGUCAAUGCUGAUGAUCCAGAGGCUGUGGUGUAUGUGUGCAAUGUGGCAGCUGAAUGGAGAAGUACUUUCCACAAAGAUGUAGUUGUGGAUCUGGUGUGCUACAGACGAAAUGGGCACAAUGAGAUGGACGAGCCAAUGUUCACCCAGCCAUUGAUGUACAAGCAGAUCCGAAAACAGAAGGCUGUGCUACAGAAGUAUGCUGAGAUCCUGAUUUCACAAGGAGUAGUAAAUCAACCAGAAUACGAGGAGGAAAUUUCCAAGUAUGACAAAAUCUGUGAAGAGGCUCAUGCAAGGUCCAAGGAUGAAAAAAUCCUUCAUAUCAAGCAUUGGUUAGACUCUCCGUGGCCUGGUUUCUUCACCCUGGAUGGCCAACCUCGGAGCAUGACUUGUCCUUCCACGGGCUUGACUGAAGAAGAUUUGGGCCAUAUAGGAAAAGUGGCCAGCUCAGUUCCUGUUGAAAAUUUUACCAUUCAUGGGGGUUUAAGCAGGAUUCUAAAAACACGAGGAGAGAUGGUUGCCAAUAGGACUGUAGACUGGGCCUUAGCAGAGUAUAUGGCAUUUGGCUCUCUUCUUAAAGAAGGAAUCCAUAUUCGCCUGAGUGGACAAGAUGUUGAAAGAGGAACAUUCAGCCAUCGGCACCAUAUCUUGCACGAUCAGAAUGUUGACAAGAGAACCUGUAUUCCCAUGAAUCAUCUGUGGCCAAAUCAAGCUCCUUAUACCGUCUGCAAUAGUUCUCUCUCAGAAUAUGGAGUCCUUGGAUUUGAGCUCGGCUUUGCUAUGGCUAGUCCCAAUGCUUUGGUGGUUUGGGAAGCUCAGUUUGGCGACUUCCACAAUACAGCUCAAUGUAUAAUCGACCAGUUCAUCUGCUCUGGGCAGGCCAAGUGGGUGAGGCAGAAUGGCAUUGUACUUCUUCUUCCCCAUGGCAUGGAGGGCAUGGGCCCUGAGCAUUCUUCUGCUCGACCAGAACGAUUCUUACAAAUGUGCAACGACGAUCCAGAUGUCUUCCCGAAACUAGACGACUUUGACGUGCGCCAGCUGUACGACUGCAAUUGGAUCGUCGUAAACUGCUCCACCCCAGCCAACUUUUUCCACGUUAUGCGGAGACAGAUACUUCUCCCCUUCCGGAAACCACUGAUAGUCUUCACUCCAAAGUCCUUGUUGCGUCACCCUGAAGCUCGGUCCAGCUUUGAUGAAAUGCUGGCAGGCACCCAUUUCCAGCGUAUCAUCCCAGACACUAGUCUGGCAGCUCAGAAUCCAGAACAGGUUAAACGAGUUCUCUUCUGCACUGGUAAAGUUUAUUAUGAACUUAUUCGAGAGCGGAAGACGCGGAAUAUGGAAGCAGUUGUGGCCAUCACAAGAGUAGAGCAGCUGUCGCCGUUCCCUUUUGACCUCCUGCUGAAGGAAUUCCACAAAUACCCCAAUGCGGACCUAGUUUGGUGUCAAGAAGAGCACAAAAACCAAGGAUAUUAUGAUUACGUGAAGCCUAGACUCCGCACAACCAUUGACCGUGCAAAGCCAGUGUGGUAUGCUGGCCGAGAACCAGCUGCUGCCCCGGCGACAGGCAACAAAAAGAAUCACUUGACCGAACUGCAACGCUUGCUGGACACCGCCUUCAACCUCGACUCUUUCAAGGGCUUGUCUUAGAGACACCUGGACCUCGUUCUGUCCCAGCAUCCUGUGUUUGUGGUGUUUCUAUCUAUCACUUCCUUUCUGUGUCCUUAACUACUAGACCUUGUAAACUAACUUAAGGAGCCUGUUAUUAACCUCUUCCUGCUGUUAAAAGAAGUGCCCCAUCAACAAUCCCUGUCUGGGUAUUUGUGUUAAGGUUUCUGAGUGUUGCUACAGCUCAGAUCUUCUGGAGCAGUGUGGGUUCACUCCUGCACAAACCCCUGGGGCUUACCUUGCCCCACUGCUCCGGGAGGAGAGCUUUGAAGGGGUUAAUAUUGGCCUUUUGUGGUGGAAGGUAUGGUGGCUUCUAGUUAAUGCCUAAUUCUUGACUGCAAUCCCAAAAUUAAUCUGGAGCUGGCACUGCUUUGCGACAAAUUAUGAUUUUCAUCCCCCAUUGUACUCAAGGUGUGUGUGAUCUGGUAUAGCCCUUGCUUUCGGUGACAGUAUCUCCAUUCAGUUAUAUCCCACAUUUCUGACACUGAAAAUCCUGGGCACACACUGUUUUACUGCUGUUAUUUAACAAUUAGCAUUGUCUUCCACUAGACUACUUCUUUGAGGAUAUUUUAUGGAAAUCUUGUUUCUUUUCAUGAAGGAAGCAGAACAAUCUGCAAGGCACAGACUCAGAUGCUUGUUUUAACCAAAUUGUAACUCUCACUAAUUCAAAUCACAUCCUGGAGGAGGACCUGUUUGAAUAUUGGCAUCUAACACACUUUUUUUUUAUAUGCCCCACCAUGGCCAUAACUAUAAGGGUCUUCAGCAUCGCCCAGCUUUUCGCUCUGACUCUGUAUCUAGAAAAGAGCACACCUAAAAGUUCUGAAAAUUCAUUGAGUUCUCACGUCCCUGCUAAGAAACUGUAUAGAUGCUUAGCUCUCUCUUUGCUUUGUAAUUCUAUACACCAGUAAAAGUUGCUUAAUUAGAGAUUCUGUUCUAUCUCUUGAGCAGAAAUCUCCCCCCCCCCUCUAUAUUCAGAACAUCCAUUUACCCGCAGAUUUUAGGCAAAAGUGUGUAACCUUGAUUUUACACUCAUUUAAUCUAGAAGAUAUAAUUCUUUCACAGCAUUUACCUAGGAGCAUAACUAUAUUUUAAGGAGUACUUGUGUAUGUGGGAGUGACAGAUUUUAAAAAGUCUGAAAGUCCACUUUUGGCCUGUGUAAUACUUUAAUUUGAAGAGUAAGUUUUCAGCCAUGUUUCUAUCAUGCACAUGGUUUUCUGUGCAUAUGGAUACAUAGAUGAAUACACACACAUACACACACGUUAUUUGCUGAAAUACUUAUACUUAAGAUACUUUACGUAUUACGGGCAUAAACUGUAAGCAGAGGUUAGAUUGUGUGCCCUUCUGAUUGGGGAAACAACUCAUAUGGUCUUUUUACUGUACACUUCAUGCCACUGGGCAUUGCCACGUCAUUUCUGAUGGGCGAAAUCAAUUACAGUUGACGGCUUAAAUCAAAAAAGUUGGGAAGUAGUUCCCAACAUCCAUUCUGUGAAUGUCCUCAAUUUGAUUGGUUCCUGUCUUGUGUCUUUUUGGAGGUUUCCCAGGCGCUGAGUUUCCUUGGCUUUUCAGCACAUCUUUUUCUAUCUAAAACAAGAUUCUUAAGGUAGUGGCAUUCUAAAAGCACUGAAGAGAUUCCACCUAAACGUGAAAAUUUCUACUUCGUAAUUGAAGCACACAAUGGAAAAUUUAGAUUGGCUUUUCUUGUGUCAGUGUUCCCUCUCAUCCACCUGAAGUCCAGAGCUCAAGAACCAUCACUGGGCAAUGCAAGCUCACAUGUCCUUUGUGGCAGGGACAGCUGCUGCUGUUAAGCUCCUUUUACCCAUUCAAGAACUGGUAGUGGCUUCCAGGUAACUGCUGUUGCCUGUCACUGCUUUGACCCAGGACAACAGCAGAAGACGUUCUUAGCCAAAGGUGCUCAAGAUAGAUGCUCUCCUGCAUUCAGUGGGCUUGACUUUUUGCUUUUGCUUUCUUCAUUCUGUGUUCUGCUUUGAUCUGAGCUUCUAAAUGGCACGCUCUAUGCCACAUCAGAGGUCCAUACCUCCAAAAAGACACACAUACACCAAGACUGUGCAUGUCUUGAAAAUCAUUUGCAAGAAAUGCUUCAGAACUUGCACAAGGACAGUGACUUGCUGCUGUUCAUUAAGCCUUCAUGUCUUUUUCAAGCGUCCACAUACAAGCUUGAGACAAAGAUGUGACUUCUUUAAGAGGAGUAUUAUCCUCAGUGAGUUGGAUGCCUGUUUUUUAAGCUUUCAUAAGACCUCUGGAAAAAAAAAAGAUAGGUGAGUUUAAGGAACCCCAGAGAAGAGCUGUGUUCUUGCCGGUUCCAGAGCACAUCCGAAUCAUUUUCAGACCAUGCACAGCCCUAAGAAACUUCCUGGUUGCUGCCUUCAGUGCUAUAUGUUCAAUAAGGGUUCCAUCUGGCUAAAUUCUGGGCAUGGCCCAAAAAGUCAUGCCACUCCUUGUGUGGGCUGUCAGCCACACAGAGAGAGUGAGCUACCCAAUGAAUAAAGUCUUUAUGCAUCUGUGUUGCUUUGCUAGCGCAAACAGCACAUUCCAAGCAAUUCCUACAUUGAGACACCUAGACUUUCAAGGCUGUGGUUGUAUGGUUUCUGCAAGCGAUGGUGCAGUGUGUGCUCUUUUGGCUCUGCAAAAGGAGAAAGGAAAUAAAAAUGCCGGUGUGGCUAGCCUUUGCCAAAACUUAGACUGGUGAGGGAGGAGGUUUGCCUGUUCUGGGCCAGCUCCGUUCUGGAUCUCCCUGUCACCUCCCAGCCUGAUUUAUUUAUUUUGGUUUUAAAAUAAAAUCAAACUGAGAUGUGUCUGGCUUAUAAAUAAAGCCUGAUCUUCUGGCUUAAAGUGUG